AUGAUCGGUAACCUAAAAAAUAAUCCUAUCUGGUAUAAGUUCGAAAAUCGUGCUGCAAAUAUGGUCAGAAAACUUUCAGGAAAUGAACUUAUUCACUUCUGUGAAGAAAUAAAGUCGAAAGAAUGCCUUGAAAUUGCUGCUAGUACCUUUAUUCUCAAAUUGAAGCGUCCAAUUGAAGCUGAAAACUCUAUUACUCUUGAUGAAAAUUAUUUUGAAGAUCAUUGCAAUAACGACUUUAAGAAAUUAGUUGGCAUGUUCAAUAUCAGUCGAACCAAUCCAGUCAAAGUGACGCGUCCGGAAAAUCAAGAGAUACAGAGAUUGAGGGAUGAGAUAGCCGCGUUGAAGUCAACUCAAGAAACAAUACAAUUAAUUGUGAAAGCACCUGGAAAUAGGGAAUUUUACUUUGAUCAUCCACGCAUAGGUUCACUUGAUGAAGUUAUCGAGUUUAUCAAAAGCAAAGAGUCACUUACACAAUUUAUCACUAAUAAUACCAUCUUCCGGGGAAAAGAUAAACAAGCUCUUAGUUCACAACAUCUAACAACUGCACAACAAUCAGGUAUCAUCGAAAUUUUUUUAUCUGGUCCAGAUGUAGAUACUGGAUCUGAAAUUCAUAAAGAAAAUUUCAGGAACGCAUUUGAUGUGGAAUAUGUGGAUAAUAAUAAUAUAAUAAAGAAUUUUCUGGUUUAUCUAAACCGUAAGCACAAGACUUGGAAGAGUAAUACCCAUGAUUAUGUUCCAUAUAGUACAAUAUUCCAAAGUUCGGGUUACGGAAAGUCACGACUGGUUAAAGAAGUGGCUAAGAGAACUCCUACAAUAUACCUUUGUCUUCGAGAUGCAAAUAGUACUGGGUAUCCUCCGCGAACAAGUAUUGGUGCAGACUUAUUUGAAAGAGUGCUUAAAGGUUUAAAUGAAGGAGAGGAAUGGAGGUUACUCUAUAUUUUGCAGAUUAUUAUUCAAUGUUUCAAAGAAGAAUUAACGGUGUGUAACAAUAAUAAUGAAAAGUUUUGGAAUAACCAAAUGGAUACAGAAUUUUGUGAGAGAAUAUGGACUAAGGUUCAAAACGGAUCAAGUAACUGGAAAACAAUAUCUCAUAAUAACUUGAUUAGUUCAGCUAAUUUCUUAACUGCGAAUAAUGACAUCGAAAAUAAUAACGUUUGCUUACUUUUUUGCAUAGAUGAGGCUAGAGUUCUUAUAUUGCCAACUGUUAAGCAUGGCAUUUCACCUUUUAGAUUCCUUCGCAGGGCAUUAAGAGGAAUAAAAUGGAGUGGAUUUUUUGUAUUGCUUUUGGAUACACUUAGCAUGAUAUCAAACUUUGCACCACCAAAAUCAGCAGAUUCAUCAAGCCAUGAUACUUCAGACUUACCGUUUAAAUUGUUUUAUCCAUAUUUCCGUAUAACUACAAUGGAUGUUUUCGAAUCUAAUACUUAUGAAAAUGUGUCCUGGGAUUUGGCUAAAUUUGGUCAACCUUUGUAUAUUUCAUACUUAAAAAGUUGCAAUGAUGAUCCUCAGGCCAUGGAUAAACUUAAGAAUCUUCUUUUGCGAAAACUACUUGGUGGAGCAAAUAGUUUUGAAAGUAGCAAGCAGGAAAUUUCUAGUUUGGCAAUAUUAUCUUCUGUGAUAGGAUUUGAAAUGUCACCGCAAUCUCAAUUAGCCUCAGAACUUGUUGCUUCACAUAUGGCUACUUGUCUUUCUAUAUCAGAAGAUAGGGAACGGUUGAUUGUUGCUUAUCCUUCUGAACCUUUACUAUCAGAAGUUGCACUUGAAUUUAUGUCAGAUUUAAUGUUGUCAAAAAUAUUAUGGUUGUUUAGUAUUUCACUCAAAAAGGGUCUUGUGGAUCCUGGACCUCGAGGAGAACUCGUUGGUCGGAUUAUCCUUGCUGUUGUAGCUCAUAAAUUAAGUAGAAACGGACUAGUAAAUAAAGUUCAAACGUUUCUUACAGAACUUUAUCAUCAUAAUUCUUUACCAAAAGACCUUGAUAAUUUUUCAAGAGAAUUUAUUGAAGGAUCAGUAGCAUUUACACAUUUUAAUGCAGUUCACUAUGUACCAGAAAAAGAAGAUUUAGAAGUUUUUUAUAAGAGAAGAUGUGCUUUUAUUAUGAAACGAAAUCAUCCUGGUGCAGAUAUCUGUAUUCCUGUUAAACUGGCAACUGAUACCGAUAAAUAUAGUCUUAUUAUUAUUCAAAUCAAGAAUAUUAAUACUACAAGCACAAGAGCAGAUGAAAAUUAUCCUGCUUCAGCUAAAUCUAUGUUACAUUGUAAUUAUGUCUUUGAAGAUUCCAAUUUAAAGGAUCAUCAAGAACCAUGUUUAUGCUUAUAUUGGCAAUUUGGAUAUAAUUAUCACUUUAAGGAGAUGCCUUUUGGUCCAACAACUCGUAGUAAUAGUCAAUUUGAAUCUAAUAACUACUUACAUUUGGCUACCUUUGGUCUUACACAUUAUAAAUUUAAUAGUAUUAAAGAAAUUCUUAGUGAUAUUUUAACUUCUUACAUUUCUCCAUUUGAUUCUGAAUGGAAAGUUAAUAAUAUAAAAGAAGGAGAUAAUUGGAAAGAAGAUGAAAUAAGAAUCAUACAUCCUCUCAGUUAUGGAAAAUUUGAAGAGAAAAAAUAA